AAUAUAUCUUCUCCGACUGAACAUGCUGAAAGCCAACCUCCUGUGACUGAAAGUGAAACACAGGAGAUUAGUAUGGACCUGUCAGAAGACACACAAACUGUCCAACUUGCCCCAAACAACUUGACAGAAUCAUCACCGUCAGUGACAGGCUCUAAAGUUUCACUUUCAGUUGAAUCUCUUCAUCCUAUCUACUCAAAGACAAUUCAGUCGUUGCUGGACAAUGGCAAAAUUAUGGAGGAGUGGUUUAAGUUUAUUGAGGAAACUGCAUAUCAUGUCCUUUCCGUGGGAGGAUUUGAUCAACGAGGAUUGUACAACGACUUUGGACGAUAUAUGUGUACAAAAUAUCCCUGUUUAUCCUUUACUACUGGCAAAACACCAUGGUAUUACUUCAACCAUGUGCUAUCACAGAAGGUGCGGAAUAUCCGAUGGGCAAGGAAGAGGAGGAGUGAGCGCAGAAGUAAUGAAACUGGUGGGAAAAGGAAAAAGCUGCACCUCAGUUUGGCCAAGAUUGAUGAGGCCAAAGAAAUGGACAUCGAGAAGGCCAAAAAGACCCUGGAAUCAGAAUUAAAAAGACUAAGGAGCAGCAAGACAAAGCUCUCAUAAUGAAGGCUCAGAGAGCAACAUUUAAAGAAAGACGCCACUUCGUAGAGAAUGUGGAAGAGGAUGGAAACAUCCAAGUUAUCGUGAAGGCUCAUCCUUUACUUAAAAUUGAAGGCUAUGUUGUCAGAGAAUUUCUUCUCCUCAAGUCAAACUGGACUUCGAAAGGAGCGCUAGCAGACCAGUUUACAGAAUUCCUCAAUAGUUUGGACAAACUGUAUGCAACAGACAUGUCUGAGACUGAAGCUGAUCCUCAUCAUCCACUGGACACAGAUGAAGCUGUGCUGGAGCUGCUCAUGACAACUGAUGAGGAUAUCAAAUAUACCCCCCAAAAAAGCAAGAAAACUUUGCCCAGCACCAUUUCUAAGAUUGAUGUGAAGAAUGCUGACCUCUCAACAAAGAGGAAAGAAGCUCCCAGGUUAAUUGUUGUCACCACACAGGGGAAGAUAGGAAGUUGCUUUGUUGUAGCGGAUGGGUUUCAGCUGAGUGUCAGCAAGGAUAUCAAAGAAGCGGUCCUGUCACUUGUGAUGACAUACUAUGUAUGGGAUCUCAGUUACCUGAAACAUUUUCAGCUUUUGGGACUUUUGCAGUGUUUUGUUUUGAAGGACAGCACAGACUUUUUAAAGAGUUCAGCAUAUGUUAAAUUUGCUAAGAAGCUUGAGCAAUGUUCAGCAUAAUUGAAAAUGUUGUUUUUAUGCCCCUGCUGUACAUGUAUAUUGCAGACAUAUUGGAUCACCAGUACACACAUAUGUAACCACUGUCAACAGGGUAUCGUUUAUCCACUUCUCCUAGUCCUCCAGAUAACUUUCUCCACUUGAGCCAUACAUACUCCCCAUAUUUUGAGUGGAUUACUAGCAUUAGUUAAACUUUUGGGUCGCUACAUAAUGUAAACAUCGAAGGAUUUCAAAUUCCAAACAUUUAACCUGCAACCCUAUUUUUCAUAGUAGUGAUUUGAAGCUUAGGUUCACACUUGGCUCGUAGAAAUCGUAAACCAUAAUUUGCUUUCCAAAAUUUUACUUAGUUGUAGUUUUUGUUUAUCCACUUCUUAAAAAGUACUUGAUAGAAUGAACUGAUCUUCAACACAUGAUAAUUGGUAUCAAACUUUAAGUUAAAGGUUUGAUUCUCAUGUUUUGUUUUAAGAAUAUUUAAAUUCUAUAAUUUUAUUGUUGUUUGAACGUAGAUAACUAUUCAACAGAGGGUAUAAUUUAUCCACUUCUCCACCAUAACUGCUGUAUAUAUUUCAUUGAGAGUUUGCAUAUGGCUUAGACUAGUUAGAGGGAUCUUGAAAAUCUACAUUUCAUAGUUUGUUUUCCAUUUUUAAUUUUUUUUUCAGAUUUGAAUAUUUAUGAACUUUGGCAAA